AUGUCUUGCAUUUGUUGUUUGGCGAUUAUUGGAAAGAAGAAUAAUCCGCUAUUUUUAAAAGUAUACAAAUCAUCAGAAGCAGAGGACCCACUGAAAUACCACUACAUUGCCCAUACUGCAUUGGACAUCGUAGAAGAAAAGAUCAAUAAUCGUAAAACAACAAAUGGUCAAAAUGAUACCAUGUAUUUAGGAUUGUUAUUUCCAACGGAAAUUUAUAAAGUGUUCGGAUACAUUACAAAUAGUGACGUGAAGUUUUUACUCAUUAUUGCAGGUGAUGAUUAUCAACAAACAGACAGAGAUUCUGAAAUUAGGAGUCUCUUCCAACAACUUCAUUCAUUAUAUAUUGAUUGUAUUUCUAACCCAUUUUACACGUUUGGAGAAAAGAUUGAAUCUCUGCAAUUUGCAAUUGCUGCUCGAAGUUUAGUGCAAGGGUAUAAUCACCAACAGAGUAAUAAUCCUACUGUAAGAAAAAGUAAAAGGUUCUAA